AUGAGUCACUACUACUCAUCGGACGAGGACAAUAGCUCACAGUAUCUGGGCAGUCCCAAUUACAAUCUGACGCUGAUGCCGCUGCACCAGCAUCAGCAUCAGCAGCAGUACAGCAAUGUGGCAUACUUAUCUCCUGAUUGGCAGCUCCUGGAUGCCGCAACCAGCAGCUUAGAGCAGCAACAGCAGCAGCCAACUGGCAGCUAUGAAGCGCACACCAUGCAGAAAAGUCUCUCGGAUCAGCCGCUAAGGAAGCGCGCUCGAAGAUUGAGUGCGCAGUCGGCGCCCAGCCAAUUGAUGCUCAGUCCCACGGUGCAGAAGAGGAGGCGGCAGGCGGCGAAUGCUCGCGAGAGGAAGCGCAUGAAUGGAUUAAAUGAGGCAUUCGAUCGGUUGCGUGAGGUUGUCCCAGCACCCUCCAUCGACCAGAAGUUGUCCAAAUUCGAGACCCUGCAAAUGGCUCAAUCAUAUAUCCUGGCGCUAUGCGAUUUGCUGGACAACAAUGGCGAGGAUGUGGAUGCUGCCGCCUAUACCAUCUUUGGUGGCAGUGAAAGCAGCUUUGAGCUUGGACAAUAA